CCUCAACGUCCUCGCACAAGGUUCACGUGUUCGGAGACCGCUGCUGGCGACGUGCCCUGUAACACCCUGGCUGUUAGGUACCUGCAGUGGUUGUGGCCAUGGACAACGGCCAGUGCUCGUCUCCCACCGGGAGUGCCGCGCUCCUGCUGCUCUUCGGCCGGUCCCCGUCCCCGCCCCCGCCGGCAGAGAGUCUUGAAGAGAAGCUGAGGCGGGUGAGCGAGGAGAACAGGAGGCUGGCCGCCGCGGUCGACGCACUACUCGCCGACCGUCCCCAACUGCGGGCUCUCACCACGUCGCCGGUGCCGAGCUGCAACGGCAAUGUGGAGACGGAAGUGGCUGCCACCGGCGUGACGGCGGAGCCGCGGCCCAGGGUAAGGACGGUCUGCGUGCGCGCUGAGCCGUCGGACGCCGACGCCAACCUCGUGAAGGACGGGUACCAGUGGCGCAAGUACGGGCAGAAGGUGACGCGGGACAACCCCUACCCGAGAGCCUACUUCCGGUGCGCAUACGCUCCUUCCUGCCCCGUCAAGAAGAAGGUGCAGAGGAGUGCAGAGGACAAGUCAAUGCUAGUGGCGACCUACGAGGGCGAACACAACCACUCCCAAUGUGCCCAGAGUGAAUUUAUCAGCGACUCGUCGACGAGCCAACGACAUGCUAGGUCACUGCCGUGCUCCAUCUCCAUCAACUCGUUGGGCCGGACGAUCACCCUUGGUCUGACGAACCAAGGGCUAGGAUCGGGCGCGGAGGUGGUUGUUGGGGAGAUUGUUACGCCGGAGUUUCGAAAGGUUUUGGUGGACAAGCUGGUGAAUUUGCUGAAGAACGAUUCAGAGUUCAUGGAGUCACUAACAAGUGCGGUGACUGCAAGAAUGAUGGAGAAAAUAUCAGAUUAGAUAUGUCAAUGAACAAGUAUAUGAAGUUCAUGGACGCAAAUAUCGACAUGAAACACGCACACACUUAUCAUAGUUAUGCUUUGGAAUCUUGUGGAUUCGCUUUUGCAAAAGCUACGAAAGGACCGCCAGAAAAUUAAAUGAAUAAGAAUCUCGUAUAUAUGUUUAUGUGAACUUCAUAGACUUCGCUAUUAGAAAUCUCCAUUUUCCUUGUCAUUUAGAGUGUACGUACUGUUUGGAUUGAAACCUACGGGCUAAAUACCCAUGUGGUAAGAGAAAAACUAGAAGAAUCGGCACGGUUCAUGUAUAGCUGAUUAUCAUUUUCAUAUACAUUUUCCAACA